UUAAUAUACUUUAUAUACAUAUUUAUAGUAACGUUAUAUUGUAGAAUGACUGUCUGUAUUAUGAAAAUGAUAAAAUACGAAAAAGAUGUUCGUUCUAAUACCAAGGAACAAUGACUGAAUUCCCAAUGUACUCUGCAGAUAGCUGUUUACCAUACAUUCUUACUGGAUGUAUUUUUUAUGGCUUUGGUUUGAAGUGGUGCUAUGAAUAUGCCAAAUACUGGGUGUCUCUAAGAUCUAGAGAUGAUUCAAGUACAACCAAAGGAUUAAGACUGAUAGAAAAAUGUGAGAAGUUAUUAAAUAGACAUCCUAUUGAAGGGAGUUUAAAAUUAAUAGCAACUGCUGUAGGUUUAGCUGGUACAAUAACUGGUGGGAUGCAACAAGUUGGCAAUGUGUCUCCUAAAGUUGUACUUGCAACAAUCUAUCUGUUUUUUGCAUUCUCUGGUCUUGUUGAUGUUUUAAAUUUCUACUUUCCUCACAAUGUGAGUGAGGGAUUAGUUAAAUUGGCACUUGGUCAAAGCUUCUUCAUAGAAGGAUUUCUCUUCUUAUGGGGAAGUGUGGGAAGUAAUGCAAUAGUGAACUUAAUCUUAGCCUUUAUAGUAUGGACCACAUCUCUGGCUAUUGCCUUGGAACUUGUGUGGCCUGAAUUGAAACUUUUAAGAGCUUCUACAACACUUCUUCAUGGUGGUUGGAUAGCACACAUGGUACGGGUAUACCAUACAGGUAUACCAGUAAGACCAGAAGGUGUUGCUCUUAUAUUUUCUUGGCAUGUAGCAGCUGCUUCAGCUGUAACAUUAUGUGUGGUAGCAGUAACAAGAAGCUGUGCUCCUAGAAUCAUACUAGGAGAACCACCAGAGAUUCCUAUUUAUGAUUAUUGUCAAGAGCCAGAUCAGAGAAUGUAAAAAUCUCAAAUGAGUGCAAUAUAAUUUUGUGCUAUUAUAUAACAUUUAUGAUACGCAUAAAAAUAAUAUUUUUAGAGUAGCAUAUUACUAAAGUAGUUUCAAAAAAUCAAAUAACAUAUAAUACUUGCGAUUUUUACACGGUAUUAGUAUUUUUUUACUUAAUAUUUAUAACAUCGAGAUAUAUCUCGUACAACAACGAACAUUUUCUAUUUUAUACAACCCCUAUAUAAGCGCGAUAAUAUAUACAAUUUUCUAAUAUCCUGAAACAGUAGGUAAAAAUACUCAUUAGCAAUUAAGAGGUGCCUUACGAUAUUGUUGCUUAUUUAUUUAUU